AAAGAAGGAAGAGGAGAGGGGAGAGGGUGAGGAGAAGAGGAGGAAGAGAGGGAGGAGAGAAGAGAGAAGACAGAAAAAGGGCGAUCGAACGAAAAACGAGACCCGGUGACGUGUUCCCGUAAGUAAAAGAAUCGUGGAACAGAUCGUGAUACAGGACAUACGUGGUAGAGGCCCCGUCACCAUAGGCCCCCGACACCCCAAGCGCGUACUGUAUUAGAAACGAAUAUAAAUAUAAAUCGAGCGUGGUACUGGCGUUAGUGGGUUCGGUAGUGGGAGAUAUCUCUCGGGUAUUGGUGCCGUCGACGAAGUUACACGCACGAAGAAGGCUAUAGUCCUGUCCUCGCUCGCGCACGAGGCCCCUUUCCUCCUCUUCCUCCUCCUCUUCUUCCUCCUUCUCUUUCUCUUUCUCUUUCUCUUUCUCCUCUUCUUCCACUUACCUUCCCUCCUUGUACUGCUGCUGGUGCUGCGUCGUUCUCCGUGAGGAAAGGCCCCGAGAGAGUGGGCUCAGUGUCCGCUCGGCCUCAGAGCGCCCCGUGCCAAGAGAGAAGGAAGGAAGGAAAGACUGGUGAACGCCGCUUCUAGAAGGUUUUAAUGCCUCACUCGCCGGCUCACGACGCGAGUUAUAACCGCUCCCAACGGUAUACAGUAACAAAUAACGAAAAUCAAAAAGAGAUAUACACGUGUGUAUCUUCUUAACGUUCAGUGUUAUACGAGGACUUUUAACCUAACAUUCAAGAUGUUUCUACACCGUGAUCGGACAACGUUCGUCUAAGAAGCCUUUUUUUUUUCUUGCUUCCCCAACUCUGUCCACCCCACCUACCCUCCUCCUACCCUCGUCCGACCACCCCUCUCUUUCUCUUUCCCCUCGAGUAGAAAAGGAUAACUCGAGAGAGAUCAUUCAAUUGAAUCUUUUCUCGGAGCAAAUCGAUCGAAAGAGAGAAAGACCACUACUACUGUCGUCCUGCUGAUUUUCUUCUUUCUUUUUUAUUUCUCUCUCUCUCUCUCUCUCUCUCUCUCUCUCUCUCUCUCUCUCUGUCUGCCUGUCUGUCUGUCUCCUUCUCUCUCUCCACUUGUCCUUCCUCACCUCCUUCUCCUGUUCGUUCAACACGCCGUCGAGAUACCCACGGCGCACGGCUUUGUAGUCCGCGAGCAGUGCCGCGUAUUAAAACGUUAAUCUCCGAUGUGUACUACCGGUUAUACGUACAGAUUGCUUGUUUCUCUCUCUCUCUCUCUCUCUCUCUCUCUUUCCCUCCCUCUCCCCCUCUCUCUCUUUCUCUUUCUUUCUCCCUCUCUUGAUCGUUCCACCAGCCCUCCACCUCCCUUUCCUCAGCCCCUAUCCUUUCGUCCUCUGGCUCGUUCGUGGCUGGUGCUUUCGCCGUAGCGCGUACUCGACCGUCUCUCUUUCUCUCUUCUUCUAUCUCUCUCUCUCUCUCUCUCUCUCUCUCUGUUUCUCUCUUUCCACUCCCUAGCUCAAUACAUCUAUAGACCUUCGUCUUCGUUUUCACCUUCUUCUCCUUCUUCUUCUUCUUUUGCUUCAUCUUCGUCUUCUUUUCUUUCAUCUUCCUCUUCUUAACCCCUCUUCAACACCCUAGUAUCCCCUAUAACCGCGAGUCCUUCAUAUUUCAUCGAGCUCCUGUUAAAACGUUCAUCGCUCCAAUGAACCGCAAGGAUUCGAAAACUCCCGCCAAAACUUUAUCGCGAUAGGACUAAAUUGACCAGGUUAACGAUGAACGUCGGAAGAUCUCCCGAGGAGGACGUCCUUCGAAUUACGAAGGACGGGAGAUGUAUGGAGAAAGAAAUCGGAUGAUGAUGAUAUAAGUUACGUCGACUCGACGCUGAUUAAUCUUAAAAACGUCUGAGAAAACGAGAAAGAGAGAAAGAGAGAGAGAGAGAAAGAGAGAGAGAGAGAAAGAUAUGAAGAAAGAGAAGCUGUCGAACGCGUUGAUCGCGUUGGUGCGACCAGAGGCAAGCACCUCUACUUCGAGUAGCCUAGCCAGAAGGCGAACAGCUACUGUCCUUGGUUCCAGGAGAUGGUGGCAGGGUGGUUGUUGGGCAACCAGAAGCCACCAGGAGGCCUACCUUCGACGACUCUACGCUAGAAAGAACGAACAACAUACCGCGAAAGGCAAUGCCGAGGAUAGGAACGUCGAGGUCGAAGGUCGAAGGUCAGAACUUGGAAAUAGUUGGUCGCAGUCCCAGAUCGUUUACGAUUUACCAGCGAACGGUGAACAUUACCUCGACGAUUUCUUGAGAAAUCGUAAGGGCGAUACUAACGAGGUCGAUGUCGAUGUCGUCGACGUAGAAGAAGAGGAUGUCGUUGGUGUUAUGGUUGGUUGUCCGGCCCUGACGGCCUCGCGUGCCAGUCCCACGGAGAAGUGCGUGGAAUACUUGAACGGUGCUCAUGACGCGACGACCACGGUGAACUUUGAAAACGAUCGUCGCGAGCCCAAUCGUAUCAACGAGUGUGGAUCCUUGCAUUCUUGUUACGAUGUCACGGAAAAGGUGUGCAGAAGCUGCAGGUGUCCAAGGGAAGAACAUCAACGAGGAUCGACGGAAACGGGCGGCCCAUCUGGAUUGGGCCUUGGCCCGGGUCCGCCGAUGGCGAUGGCAAUGGCGUUUCAAAGCGGUGCCGGGGCAGGCUCCCAUCAGGAACCGUUCAAGAGCCCGGUGCAAGCGGCACCGGCUGGUCUUGCUCUCCAGGAAGCUCUGAUGCAUCAUCAGAGGCACUCGCAGAGCGACGACGAUAGCGGAUGCGCACUCGAGGAGUACACGUGGGUACCGCCUGGCCUGAGGCCUGACCAGGUCCACCUGUAUUUCAGUAGUCUACCAGAAGAGAAAAUACCUUAUACGGGUAGUGCUGGUGAACGCGAGAGGGUUAAACAACUCCUUCAACAGCUACCACCGCAUGAUAACGAAGCUAGAUAUUGUAGCGGUCUUUCGGAGGAAGAGAAACGUGAGUUGAGAGUUUUCGCGGCACAACGGAAACGGGAAGCUCUUGGUAGAGGACAUGCGAGUCAAUUGGAGAGGCCACACACCAGCGGAUGUCGAGAAUGCUCGAGGCCGAUCGCGACCGGUGAGAUGGCAGUUGCAGCGAGUCGUGCCGGUCCUUCUGCCCUUUGGCAUCCUGCAUGCUUCGUUUGUUGCGUCUGUCGUCAACUCCUCGUUGAUCUCAUUUAUUUCUGGCGAGAUGGGAGGCUCUAUUGUGGUCGUCAUCACGCGGAAACAUUAAAGCCACGAUGUUGUGCCUGCGACGAGAUCAUUCUAGCUGACGAAUGUACCGAAGCAGAAGGUAGAGCCUGGCAUAUGAGACAUUUCGCAUGUCUCGAGUGCGAUCGACAGCUCGGCGGUCAGAGGUACGUUAUGAGGGAAGGACGACCAUAUUGUCUUCGUUGUUUCGAUGCCUCCUUUGCCGAAUAUUGCGACAGCUGCGGCGAACCGAUAGGCGUUGAUCAAGGUCAAAUGUCGCACGAAGGUCAACAUUGGCACGCGACAGAAGCAUGCUUUUGUUGUGCCACUUGUCGUACCUCGCUUUUGGGCCGUCCUUUUCUUCCUAGACGGGGUGCUAUCUAUUGCAGCAUAGCCUGUAGUAAAGGAGAGCCACCAACGACACCGAGUGAUUCUUCGGCCGGUCCUCCACCUCCACCUUCUUUUCUUAGAGGUAGAAGACAAGCAGCACCAACGAGCGAAGGUUCCUCGAGUCCACCACCACCUCCACCUCCCCCACCACCACCAGGAACCAGACACGUUUCUGGAUCGCUCAGAAACUCGCCAAGAUUGACGAGAAAACAUCAGCAAGUCUCAUCCUCGAUAGCGACAACCCCAACACAGAGUACCUUGAGUCCAGAAUUCCCAACGGAGGGAUUUCCCACUAGUGGAUCUAGGGGUGGAGGUCUCGAUAGGGUACUUCUCGAAAGGAAUCUCGAGAGAUUGUUGCAAGAACGUGGCUCUCAUCCUGAAGAAAAUCGUAGCGAUUUAGGAAGACUAAUGCAAGCGAGGGACCGAGAGCCACUUCGAUGCGUUCAAAACUGUACACCUUCUCACGCUUCGAGCAUGCCUGAACUUCCAGCGUCUGCAUUGAGAGCUUCACCUUCAACAUCGGUACCACCUACGAUUGGUAUUGCAGCUGGUGCAUCGACCAUCACGCUCGCUCAAGAGUCACCAACGUCACCAACGAAUCUCGCUGCAAGUCAAACGGAUCCACCGACGCCUACGUCGCGACGUGUGCGAUUCCAAGGUGACUUGGACGUAAACGAUCAUGGGGUACCAUCCACGAGUAACGUCCCUGUUUCACCAGCGAACGAUACCAAUUCAUCAUCCUCGCCGUCUCCACCACCGAAUAAUCCUUUGUCCAGGACUAACGUUCCUCGAUCGAGAAGUUUGCAACCUGAGGAGGUCGCCAGUACGUCGACUUGGGGUGCAGCCGGAUCGUCAAGGUCAAGACUGGACGAAGCAGAGGACGCUGAAAGUUGCUGCUCGACUUGUAGUUCUUCUAGUAGUUCGGACGAGGCUGCAGCAUAUGCUUUACCACCUAGAAGAGCUUACGGUGGUGUCCGUAUUUCUUACGUACCGAAUGAUGCGGUUGCGUGCGCGCGGAAACGGACUCAACCGUCUUCGUCUUCGUCAAAUCAAGCUCAAAAGGACACCGAAAAAUGCGUCGUGUCUUGAUGAUCGUGCUUAAAUAUCCGCAGGACAUCUUGCGGUUUUGUAUUACGCUUAAUAUUUGUACGAUCGAUGGAUCUCCUUCCUCUUGGUGUGCGCGACGAGAAACGAGCAAAGACUGUAGAGACAAAAAUAUUGAAAGCAAAAGAAAAAAGAAAAGAAAAGGAAAGAAAUAAAAUAAAAAAAAGAAGAAGAGAGAGAGAGAGAAAGAGAGAGAGAAAAAAAAACAGAGUUCCUAAGCGCUACAAUACGUGUACGCUUUUCAGUAUCUUCCAGAGCAUAGGCCUUUUCGUAUCUCGUUCUCGUUAAUGUUCGUUUCAACUUGAAAACGCAAUUUCCUUGAUGGCAAGUCUCAUUGUACGUGUGUAUAUAUUGUUGAACACUCCCAUAGGAAUGUUUAUAGAAUAAUUUUCUUUUUUAAUUAUUUACAAUAUUACUAUAUACAAUCGAACUUUGAAAUAAUUUCAUUCGCAGCGAUUAAGCUAUCGUUGAAGAAAAAUCAUUCGUUGUUAUUCGUAAAGAAAUUCUAGAUACCGGAUAGAAACAGUCUAUUUUCUCUGGUGAUUUCAUCGGAACAUUCCUAAGCUCGUUCGCAACAAUAUAUACAUAACAAUGAUAAAAUAAUAACAAUAACAACAAUAACAACGAUCAGAGACGUUUCGAAUAGAAAUCGACUGAAGAUUUUCUCGCGAAUUAUUCGUGUCAGAAAAUCUCAGUGACGUUUUUGCCUCGCGGCCAUACACCCUCGUCUAUUUUUAUUAUUCUCGUUGAUGUACUACUUGAUGACGAUAAUAAUAAUAAUAAUGAUAACGAUGUUAUAUUUUAAAGAA